AUGGCGAUACUGUCGGGUUUCGCCGUGUUGGCUGAGCAUGGAGUCGCAAAUCCUACGCUGGUUUACUCCAUUCUGGGGAUUAUAGGUGCUAUCACUGGCCUGAUUUUGGCGACGCUCGUCUGGCCCACGGCCUUCUCACCUGUAUCGAGGGUGGUUUCUUGGUUUCUCAAUGUCUGUAUCUAUUCCCUGUUUGGAAUCGGAGAUACUGACUGUUGGAAAGGCGUACUUGCAAUUCAGAUAUCCCAUCAAACACGCAGAAACCGGUCGUCCCAUCCCUGGACCGGCGUACGUCUGGCCCGACGGGCAGGGAGACGCGGGCAAAUACAUCUUCGGCAGAGACAACAGCGCGCAAUGGCAGUCGCAAUAUGGCAACGUCUACCGAUUAUGGGCUGGGAUGACUCCUGA